CAUACCCCGCGUGUGUUUGUGUGUGUGUGUGUACUGUGUGUAUCUCCUAAACAUGGCGGCACUCAAAGCUUUGUGCAGAGCGGAGAAUUUAUUCUACAAAAACCUCUCAGGUCCCUUCACAACAAAAUUAAACGUCGCCCAUCUCCAAUUAAGCAAGGCAUCCAGCUGUUACUUCUCCACCUCCUGCCAAAGAAGUUCACAGUUCUACUCAGAUCCUGCAGAGGCAGUCAAAGAUAUCCCAGAUGGAGCUACUCUUUUAGUCGGAGGCUUUGGAUUAUGUGGUAUCCCAGAGAAUCUUAUCAACAGUUUACUGAAGACCGGCGUGAAGGGUCUCACAGCAGUCAGCAACAAUGCGGGGGUGGAUAACUUUGGCCUGGGUCUGCUGCUCCAGACUAAGCAGAUCAAGAGGAUGAUCUCUUCGUACGUCGGGGAGAACGCAGAGUUUGAGAGACAGUAUCUGACAGGAGAGCUGGAAGUUGAGCUGACGCCGCAGGGUACUCUAGCAGAGAGGAUCAGGGCAGGGGGUGCUGGGAUUCCAGCCUUCUUCACAGCCACCGGCUAUGGCACGCUAAUCCAAGAGGGAGGCUCUCCUAUUAAGUACAACAAAGAUGGCACCAUUGCCAUUGCUAGCGAGAAGAGACCGGUGCAGGAGUUCAAUGGCAGGUGCUACAUCAUGGAAAAGGCCAUCACUGGAGACUUUGCACUAAUCAAAGCAUGGAAAGCUGACAGGGCUGGAAACAUUGUUUUCAGGAAAACAGCCAGGAACUUCAACCAACCUAUGUGCAAGGCAGCCAAAACCACAAUAGUUGAGGUGGAGGAGGUGGUGGAUGUUGGGACCUUUGCUGAAGAGGACAUCCACAUCCCCAGCAUCUACGUCCACAGGGUCGUCCAGGGAGCCAGCUUCGAGAAAAGGAUUGAGAAACGCACAGUGAAGAAAAGCCAAGCAGAUAAACCCAAACCGAAGAAGGACUCAGACAUAGUCCGUGAAAGGAUCAUUCGCAGGGCUGCGUUGGAGUUUGAGGAUGGGAUGUACGCCAACCUUGGUAUCGGUAUCCCCAUGCUGGCCAGCAACUUUAUGAAACCAGACAUCACUGUACACCUUCAAAGUGAAAACGGAAUUUUGGGACUGGGCCCGUACCCAACUGAAGAAGCAGUAGAUGCAGACUUGAUUAAUGCUGGGAAGGAGACGGUCACUGUGCUCCCCGGGGCUGCCUAUUUCUCCAGUGAUGAGUCGUUUGCCAUGAUCCGAGGAGGUCACGUCAACCUGACCAUGCUUGGAGCCAUGCAGGUGUCUAAACACGGAGAUCUAGCCAACUGGAUGAUCCCGGGUAAGAUGGUGAAAGGAAUGGGGGGAGCCAUGGACUUGGUGGCUAGCGCUGGGACCAAGGUGGUGGUCACCAUGGAGCACUCAGCUAAGGGGGGGAAACACAAGAUAUUGGAGAAAUGCAUCCUGCCUCUGACAGGAAAGCAGUGUGUGGACCGGAUCAUCACAGAAAAGGCUGUGUUUGAUGUGGAUAAGACAAAAGGCCUGACACUGAUAGAAGUGUGGGAGGGGCUCACUCCUGAGGAUAUCAAGGCAUGCACUGGCACUGAUUUUGAGGUGUCACCUAACCUGAGGGCCAUGCAGCAGAUCUAGAAGAGCUUUAAAAGGAUCUAAGAAGUGUUUGUGGCUCUCAUUUCAUUUCUCUGUGCUCCACAGUCGGUGACUUAGCAGCCUGUGACGGGUCAAAUAAGCUAGUACAACACAAAUGCUUGAUUCAGUUUCCUGAACAACAGCAUGCAAAUAUUAGAAGGAUUAAGUGCUCACUCAUAUUCACUGAACUGGAUUCAAAUGAUCUAAAACGCAUGACUGUUAUAUUUUAAAAUCUGGUCUGACAAACAAGAGGGAACAUUACAUUGCUGCCUCUGACACCGUUAAGUUAUUAACUGUUUUUUUCCACUGUUUGUACAGCUAUUACUAAAUAAUGCCAUCAGAAAAAUGACAUGAAAUUUCGUCCAGUCUGUAACUUUAGUAAUCAUAUGAAGAUAAGGGAUGCAAACAUUUGAAAGUGAAUCAUAUUCACUGUAGACUGAUGUGUUACUGUACCACGCUUUACAGAGCUGAAAAGUUCUGAAGUAAGAUAUUUUUAAAAAGCGUGCUGUAGUUCAGGGGAUUUUAUAUUCAGCGCGUAAGGGACAAUGUAUGUACGUGUUAACAGAACUGCUGAAGAAUGUAUGAUAUCUUUAUGUUUCUCUUUGUUUUGGAAAAUGAGUCGACAUGUAGAAAUAACAUCGGACUGAAACAUGUUUGUAGUAAUGACCUCUGCCAUACUUUCUGUUUGAUGUGUCUUUUCUCUCGGACUCAGUUAUAUAUCAAACCGUUCAUUUGAGCCAGGAAACAUGAAGCCUUAUCAUUUUGUGCUCGACAUUUUCCGUCCCCUCCCCUUCCCUUUGUACAUAAAAUAAAAGGCAACCUUGUGUGCUGAGCCGAAUCACUGA